UUGAAUGAAGAAGCAGAAGCAGAAGCAGCAGCAGCAGCAGCAGCAGUGAUUGUAACAAAUACAUAAGUAAGCGAAAAGGAAUUGUGUAGAAGUGAAUAAAAUUGUUCACCGUGAAAAUAUCAACAAGUGCGGCAGAUUAGACUUAAACCAUAAACAUUCAAUAUGUGUAAAAAUGCUUUUUUGAUUGCUUUGCUCGUAAUUGCUACCUGCCAUUUUUCAACGCUACAUGCGGGUCGUCCAAGCAAUUCUGCAGGACGCCGUAGCUACUAUGGUGGCUAUCAACCAGCGCCACCGGUGACAACAGAGCAACCACAAACGCCCAAAGAAUAUUUGGACAAAAAGUCGGGUUUCUCAACUUUCGGUAUAAUUUCGAUAAUAUUUCUUAUUAUAUUGGCCUGCUUGGCAUUCUACUAUGGCAUUAUGUGUUAUCCAUUUUUGUGUCGCGAUGAGAAAAAAUAUCGCUUUAUGGACGUAUCAUCGACCACAUCAGCCACUUCACGUUCAAUACAAUCUAUAGAAAAUUUUCCGGUCGAUCAAAAACACUGAGAGGGCCAAACGGAACGCUGUGGGAGGUCAUUUGUAUAAAAACGCUGGUAUUAAGCGUUUUCAAGAAUAUGAAGCAACUCGAAAGACUAUAAAAAAUAUUUUCUACUUUUCUUAGAAUUUUUAUAACUAAAAUAUUUUUACAACAAAAUGUGGUUAAGGUUUUGUAAUAUGAUUUUCUUUUACAUAUAUUUUUGAUAAAUGAUUGGUUGGUAAUGCACUUCCAAGAAUAUGCUCAGUUACCACCACACGAUAGCUGGCGGUGCGUCAUCAAUUUUACAAGCAGUCAGUACUUAUGUUUUCAUGCCUCACCUAAUUUUUGUUUUGUUUUAAUUUUUUAUAUUCUGGUGAAAAUUUGCUCACUGCCAGUUGUGGAUUGCGCUGGACCUCAUUGAAUAGCGUUUGCAUUCGUAUUGUUUUUGCAUAAAGCAAUAGACUAAUCUUGCCUACUUCUACACUGAUGCUGCUAACUCAAUUUUAUAUAUAAAUGCAUUUAAGACAAUUUAAAUACAAAAAACAAAAAAAAUAAUUUUAAAACACUCCAGGUUGUGUGAAAAAAUAAGCGUACUUAAACUCAGCACAAAUUAUAUUUUCGAACAAAACAAGCCCAAUAUACAUAUUGAAGGAUAUUAGUAGUAAAUGUUUAAAUACUUUUAAGGUUUUAUGCAUAGUACCGCUUCAAAUCUGCAGCCUAAUCGAAUAAAAAAAAGAGGGAUCUCAACGGGUAUACAAGAAAAUUGAGACAAAGUUGUUCGCCAAUCAUCACAAAUGCCAUUUUGUCGCUGGGGCAAAAUAUUUCAUCAGCCAGUAUCAACAUCCAAUAGUAAUUUGUAGUGAAUAUUUUAAGUUUAUGUAAGUAGAAUUAUAUACAACUAUAAAAGUAAAUCCUUAAUUCCCUUUUGUUGUAAGUUUUUAUAAGUACAUUUUAAGUAACAAAAAAAAAAAAAACUAAACCGAAAAAGUAAAGCUCAAA